AUUCGAAUCUUCUGAACAUGACAUAAGACAAAACUCAACGCUAUUGUUAAUUUAUGUAAUUGUGUUCAACUGAGUGUCUGUUUUGUUUUGAGUUGUGUUUGGUUUUUGCUUUCAGAGAGAUUGAAAUAAGAGGGAGAUUGACAAAAAACAAAUACACAGUUGAAACAGAAAAUCCAAAACUAAGAUUAUAGCAGUUUCUUUUCCGUUGAUUCUUUAUUAAUUGAGACGCGUUUUACGAUCCUCUAUUCAUAUUGUAAGUUCUUCUGUUUCCACUUCUUCAGAAUGUCAACAUGGAAAACUCAUAUGGAGGAUGAAGAAGAAGAUUUGUGAUUCUGAUUUGUGGACUGAGGAAUAAAAGCUAUUGCUACUAACUCUUAAUGAUGAAGCUUGGAGACAAGGGAGAUAUAAGGCCUUUUCUUAUAAAAAUUGGGGUAGCAUUGACUCUGUCUUUAGCAAGCUUUUUCUAUUGUCGCCUUAGAAAUAAGAGACCUAAACCCUCUUUGCCACCGCCAUCUUCCUUGCCUCACAACUCAGGUUUUAAUGGCAGCCUUGAAUCAAGAGGAAGAGCUCUGUGUAAAAUUGAUGAAAAAUCUUAUGAGCUGAGGGUUGCUGUUGAUAACUCUGUGGUUGAUCUUUCACCGAGCAGUAGUGGUAGUGGAGAGAAUGAGGGACUCCUCUUGCCAGAGUUUAAUGAUCUUGUGAAGGAAUAUGACUUUGCCAGCUCCAAUUCUGGGAAAGAAGCAGAAACUCCUAGGUCAGAUUUAGAAAGUCCGAAAGUUUUUACGAGUUCAGCGACAGGUGAAUAUGAUCAAGAGGUCAGACAUUUGACAAACAUGGUUAAAAUGCUCCAAGAGAGGGAAAGGAAUCUUGAGAUCCAAUUACUUGAGUACUAUGGCCUCAAAGAGCAAGAGACAGCUGUGAUGGAGCUCCAAAACCGAUUGAAGAUUAACACCAUGGAGACCAAACUUCUUACACUCAAGAUUGAGUCCUUACAAGCAGAUAACAAAAGACUUGAGGCACAAAUGGCUGAUCGUGAAAAAAUUGUGGCCGAACUUGAAGCCGCAAGAUCAAAAGUUAAGGUUCUCAAGAAAAAACUGAGGUCUGAGGUUGAGCAGAACAAGGAACAAAUCUUAAUCCUACAGAAAAGGGUUGCUAAGUUGCAAGAACAAGAAUACAAUUCUGCAGCAAGUGAUUCAGAUACUUUGGAAAAACUUCAAAGGCUAAAGGUUUUGGAGGAUGAGGCAGAAGAGUUGAGGAAGUGUAACACGAAAUUGCAGCUAGAAAAUUCUGAAUUAGCGAAGAAGUUGGAAUCCACCCAAAUGCUUGCUAUUUCUAUGAUGGAAGAUCCAGAGAUGGAAGCGCUCAAGGAAACAAGUGAGCGAUUGAAACAAGAGAACGAGUCUUUGACCAAGGAAAUUGAGCAACUCCAGGUAGAUCAGUGUUCUAGUAUUGAAGAAUUGGUAUAUCUCAAAUGGAUAAAUGCUUGCUUACGAUAUGAGCUGCGGAAUUAUCAGCGACCGCCUGGUAAGACAGUAGCAAGAGACCUCAGCAAAACGCUAAGUCCUGAAUCCGAAUACAAAGCCAAGCAACUAAUAAUUGAAUACGCAAAUACUGAAGGAGGGAACAUUUCAGAUCUCGAGUCAGAGUGGUCAUCCUCCCAAACAUCCUAUACCGACUCAGAAAUCCUUGAUGAUACAUCGGUCGAUAAGUCAGCUCGUUCCAAAAGCAACAACUCGAGCAAAAAUAAAUUUUUUAAGAAACUUAGGAAACUUGUCCUUGGGAAAGAUGUUAGUAGUAAAAAACGGGGUUCAUCCAAGUCCUGGGAAAAUCGCGAUUCAUCAAGUGUUUCGACAGCAACAAAUACAGCAUCAACUUCAGAGGUACCAAGUAAUAAACUAUCUAAUGUUUCUCGGAGUUCAUAUAGACAUUCUUUUGACAUCCAAAGAUUGGAGAGGGUAAAAGAAUAUGAUGUGGUUAAUGAAGGAAGUGGGUACACGCCAUUCAGAAUGCAGCGAGCAAAAAGCACUGAUCUGGGAGUGGAAAAUCAGCUUGAUCAUGAUGCAGAUUUGAUGAAAUUUGCUCAAGUUUUGAAGAACAAUAAUGGCAGUGGGAGAAAAAACUUAAGGAGAAAGUCCUUGUCAUACGAUUUUGGCUAAAAAUUAGAUCCUCAACUCUUCUGUUGUUUAUGUGUACAACUCUCAAUAAUUUCUAGCUUUUAAGCCCUGUAAAAUACCACUGUAGCGUAUAUCUAUUAGAAAUACUCAAAACCUUUUUUUUAAAAAUAAAAUUACGUAUACUCAUUUUUAAAUA